AGGUGGGGAGACCAGACCUGCUCACUCUCUCAGAGACCGUCGAAUUCCUUCUGCGCAAUCGGGCCCCAGGGAAGCAGCCUCCCCUUAAGGGCCGAGAAGCCCGGGCACGUUGAAAGUACUCUCCCCGAGCAGACCCAGGGGAGAAGUUAGGGGUGUGAAGGCGGGGCCACUGCACUGGCGACUCCCUCCGAAGGUCCAGCCCUCGCCCGCCUUCCUGCCACCGUAGGGAGCUAGCCGGAGAGCGGCAUCACCCUCUCAAUGAAAGGCAGAUAUCCCUUUAAGGUUUGCUUUGUAGCUGGUGGACUUUAGCCUAAACACGAACCCGCGAAGCUGGCUUUAUUUGUCCAUGUCUCGGACAGAGCCUGGGAGACUGCCAGUGGGAUUUCAGAAACCCAGCACGCGAAGGGGCGGGCGAUGGGGCAGUAAGUCUGGGAUAUGAGGAGCGUGGAGAGGACUCAGAGGCAUUCGUCCAAAACACAGGAAAUUCACUCUUCGGCUUCUGCGCGCCGCGACUGGCCGGGGCCGGACGCAGACCUGCGGCGGUAGAGUGGCCCUGACCGCGCGGCUCCGUUCCCAGCCCCGCCGAGUCCUGCCCGCCGAUCCAGCGCGUCCCCGGGCUCUGCGGGCUCUCGGGCCAUGGCCCCCCGACGCCAAGCCAGCCCGGGGUUGGCUGUCGCCCGCUGCUGGCUCCUCACCGUUGUUUUAGGCUUCUGCGUAUCAUUCAAUGUUGAUGUGAAAAAUUCAAUGACCUUCAGUGGUCCAGUGGAAGACAUGUUUGGAUAUACUGUUCAACAAUAUGAAAAUGAAGAAGGAAAAUGGGUGCUUAUUGGCUCUCCUUUAGUUGGUCAACCCAAGAACAGAACUGGAGAUGUCUAUAAGUGUCCAGUUGGGAGAAGCAAACCAUUACCUUGCGUAAAGUUGGAUCUGCCUGUUAAUACAUCAAUUCCCAAUGUCACGGAAGUAAAGGAGAACAUGACGUUUGGAUCAACUUUAGUCACCAACCCAAAUGGAGGGUUUCUGGCAUGUGGGCCCUUGUAUGCCUAUAGAUGUGGACAUUUACAUUACACAACUGGAAUCUGUUCUGAUGUUAGCUCCACAUUUCAAGUCGUGAACUCCAUUGCUCCUGUACAAGAAUGCAGCACUCAACUGGACAUAGUCAUCGUGCUGGAUGGCUCCAACAGUAUUUAUCCCUGGGAGAGUGUUACAGCUUUUUUAAAUGACCUUCUUGAAAGAAUGGAUAUUGGUCCUAAACAGACACAGGUUGGAAUUGUACAGUAUGGAGAAAAUGUAACCCAUGAGUUCAACCUCAAUAAGUACUCAUCAACGGAAGAGGUACUUGUUGCAGCAAAUAAAAUAAUCCAGAGAGGUGGCCGCCAGACUAUGACAGCCCUUGGGAUAGACACAGCCAGGAAGGAGGCUUUCACUGAAGCCCGGGGUGCCCGAAGGGGAGUUAAAAAAGUUAUGGUAAUUGUGACUGAUGGGGAGUCCCAUGAUAACCAUCGACUGAAUAAGGUCAUCCAAGACUGUGAGGAUGAAAACAUUCAGCGAUUUUCCAUAGCUAUUCUUGGGAGCUAUAACAGAGGAAAUUUAAGCACUGAAAAGUUUGUGGAAGAAAUAAAAUCAAUUGCAAGCGAACCCACUGAAAAGCAUUUCUUCAAUGUCUCUGAUGAAUUAGCUCUAGUCACUAUUGUUGAAGCUCUCGGAGAAAGAAUAUUCGCCCUGGAAGCUACAGCUGACCAGUCAGCAGCUUCAUUUGAAAUGGAAAUGUCUCAGACUGGCUUCAGUGCUCAUUAUUCACAGGACUGGGUCAUGCUUGGAGCAGUAGGAGCCUAUGAUUGGAAUGGAACAGUCGUCAUGCAGAAGGCUAAUCGAAUCAUAAUCCCUCAAAACACAACCUUUAAUGUUGAGUCUACCAAAAAGAAUGAACCUCUUGCUUCUUAUUUAGGUUACACAGUGAACUCCGCCACGGUUUCGGGAGAUGUGCUCUACAUUGCCGGACAGCCACGGUACAAUCACACGGGCCAGGUUGUCAUCUACAGGAUGGAAGAUGGAGACAUCAGGAUUCUCCAGACACUCAGUGGAGAGCAGAUUGGUUCCUACUUUGGCAGUGUUUUAACCACACUUGACGUUGAUAAAGAUUCUAAUACUGACAUUCUUCUGGUUGGGGCUCCCAUGUACAUGGGAACAGAGAAAGAGGAACAAGGAAAAGUGUAUGUGUAUGCCCUGAAUCAGACAAGGUUUGAAUAUCAAAUGAGCCUGGAACCCAUUAAGCAGACUUGUUGUUCAUCUCUGAAGCACAAUUCAUGCACAAAAGAAAACAAAAAUGAGCCGUGUGGGGCUCGUUUUGGAACAGCUAUUGCUGCUGUGAGAGACCUCAAUCUUGAUGGAUUUGAUGACAUUGUGAUAGGAGCUCCCCUGGAAGAUGAUCAUGGGGGAGCCGUGUACAUUUAUCAUGGCAGUGGCAAGACUAUAAGGCAAGAGUAUGCACAACGUAUUGCAUCAGGUGGAGAUGGCAAGACACUGAAAUUUUUUGGCCAGUCUAUCCAUGGAGAAAUGGAUCUAAAUGGGGACGGUCUGACUGAUGUGACUAUUGGGGGCCUUGGUGGUGCUGCCCUCUUCUGGUCCCGAGAUGUGGCUGUAGUUAAAGUGACCAUGAAUUUUGAACCCAAUAAAGUGAAUAUCCAAAAGAAAAACUGCCAUGUGGAAGGAAAGGAAACAGUAUGCAUAAAUGCUACAGUGUGUUUUGAUGUGAAAUUAAAGUCCAAAGAAGACAGAAUUUACACAGCUGAUAUACAGUACCGUGUCACACUCGAUUCACUAAGACAGAUAUCACGAAGUUUUUUCUCUGGAACUCAAGAAAGAAAGAUUCAAAGAAACAUCACAGUUCAAGAAUCAGAAUGCACUAAGCUUUCCUUCUACAUGUUGGACAAGCAUGACUUUCGGGACUCUGUGAGGAUAACUUUGGAUUUUAAUCUUACUGAUCCAGAAAACGGGCCUGUUCUUGAUGAUUCCUUACCAAAUUCAGUACAUGAAUAUAUUCCCUUUGCCAAAGAUUGUGGAAACAAGGAAAAAUGUAUCUCGGACCUCGCCCUGCAAGUAUCCACCACAGCAAAGGGCCUGCUUAUUGUCAGGUCCCACAAUGACAAAUUCAAUGUUAGUCUCACAGUCAAAAACAAAAAGGACAGUGCCUAUAACACCAGAACCAUAGUGCAUUAUUCUCCAAACCUAAUUUUUUCAGGAAUUGAGGCUAUCCAAAAAGACAGUUGUGAAUCCAACCAUAAUCUCACAUGUAAAAUUAGAUAUCCCUUCCUGAGAAGAGAAGAAGAGGUUACUUUCAAAAUAUUAUUUCAGUUUAACACAUCUUAUCUCAUGGAAAAUGUGACCAUUCAUUUAAGUGCAACAAGUGACAGUGAAGAGCCUCCUGAAGCCCUUUUUGAUAAUGAAGUUAAUAUUUCUAUCCCAGUAAAAUAUGAAGUUGGACUUCAGUUUUACAGCUCUGCAAGUGAAUACCAUAUUUCAAUUGCGGCCAAUGAGACAGUCCCUGAAGUUAUUAAUUCUACUGAGGACAUUGGAAAUGAAAUUAAUGUCUUCUACUUGAUUAGAAAAAGUGGACAUUUCCCGAUGCCAGAACUUAAGCUGUCAAUUUCAUUUCCCAACUUGACAUCAGACGGUUAUCCUGUGCUAUACCCAAGUGGAUGGUCAUCUUCUAAUAAUGCAAACUGCAGACCCAGUAGCCUUCAGGACCCGCUUGGUAUCAACUCUGGGAAGCAAAUGAUUAUAUCAAAAUCUGAAGAUCUCAAACGAGGCACAAUUCUGGACUGCAGCACAUGUAAAUUUGCUACAAUCACGUGUAAUUUGAUUCCUUCUGACAUGAGCCAAGUGAAUGUUUCACUUAUCUUAUGGAAACCAACUUUUAUAAAAGCACGUUUUUCCAGCUUAAAUCUUACUGUAAGGGCAGACCUUCAGAGUGAAAAUACAUUACUGAUUUUAAGUACUGGCAAUCAAAAAAGAGAGUUUGCUAUUCAAAUAUCCAAAGAUGGACUACCAGGCAGGGUGCCAUUAUGGGUCAUCCUGUUGAGUGCCUUUGCUGGAUUGUUGCUGUUAAUGCUGCUCAUAUUAGCACUGUGGAAGAUUGGAUUCUUCAAAAGACCACUAAAGAAGAAAAUGGAAAAAUGACAUAUUUUACAGGAGAAAAAUAAUAAUAAUUAUUUGAUGAUCUAUCCUCAGGUUUGCCUCAAAUAUGUGACAAGAAAUGUAUAGAUACAAUUAAAGACAUAGUCACAUAACUUUAUGUAAUCCAUCAGGUAUUAAUCACUUGGAAAGUGAUAAGUCAAAGAAGAUCCAAAAACAAUACCAUAAAAAUAUAUUUUAUAAAAUGAUGAAAAAUAUUUUAAAAUAAUUACUUUAAAUAAUUACUUUAAAAUAAUUACUUAUUUAAGUAAAAUUACAAAGUGUUUUGAAGAUGAAGAUUAACCUGUACAAAUAUGUUUACAUAUUAAAUCAGCAUUCAGAGUAUUUAAGGAAUGCAUUAAAAGAUUUUUGUGAUCAUUGAUAAGUUAAGCUUUUUUCCAUUGAUUCCUGAUGGAUAUUCACAUUCAGCAUGAUAGUCAACAUUUGCAAAUGACAAGAAAAGAGUUAACUGAAAAAGAUAACUUCCCCCUAUUCAAAUGAGAAAUUUUUCCUGGGUAGAGUAUACAUAAAAUAUGGACUGAAAAUAUAAUUAAAUCACAGAGAAUAUGUUAGCAUCUUUGUGUUGGGUUCUGUACUUGGAAAAAAAUUUUUUUUCCAAAGAGUUUGGAAACUUUGAGCUGAAGGAAAACCAAGAAUGACUUGAUUAAAAGCAGUGCACUGAAUGGAUUAAUUUAAGCUUUCACAGAACAUGUUUCAUUUUGAUAUUGAGCCCUAAAACUCAAAACUUUAUGCUGAAAACAACACUUCACGGCAGUUUUGUGUGGCAUACCAGCGAUUUGUCAUGAAAAGCCAUGUUGUGUAUGGGAUAUGCUAAGAUGGCUUCUGAACGGAACAUGGCAGCUUAGGCAGAUGCCACGGAAAUGCUGAAGUCAUCUUUGCUGGGCAACUUUUGAACGUUAGGGGUUCCAGGAUGUACCAAAAGGAGGAGUUUUCUCAGCUCCUUGGUACAUGGUUCAUUUAAACCCUCAAGCUGUGAGAGUAUGUUUAUUUUUUCAUUUUUUAAAAGGUAUUUAACUUUUGAAACACAUUUCUUACGUUUAUGAAAGGCAGUAUUCCAUUUCAAUAUUGCAUUUUACCAAGAAGACACUGCUUUAUAAGUGUGGCAUAUCAAUAUUUAAAUAGAACUCCAGAAAUGAAUUUUAAAGAACUUUAGCUUUGAAACCUCGCACCGACAGAAAGAGAUCACACCUCUAUAUGAGCUUCUUUGCUCCUGAAGUAAUUAUCAUGGUGCCUUGGACUCUACUGUAGCAUAAGCUCCUGGGUUGCUCCGUUGCUUAGGAAAAUAACAAUGAAUGAAUGUAUCAUAGCCGCAUGUGUGAACUACUGCUGUAAAAUUAGCUGAUUCUUCUGCAACAACUCCAUCUCUCCACCUCGCUGACCAUCACAAGACCAGCAUCUGUCCAGAACCUUAUCCAGAAAGUUCUGGACUCUACUUUUCUCAAAAAAACAUCUAAUCAAGGGAGAAAUUAAAUGCCAUAGAUUUAAUUUUUUAACAUAAUUUCCAAGGAAUUAUCUGAGAACUCAGCGUCGGCCUACCUCGUGGCGCUCCACAUCUACAUCCAAGAUCCUGACGAUCAAAACCUUGCACCUGGGGAGUGCCCAGGUCAUCAGUACCCUAAGAAAAGCGCAAUCUUUCCAGAGGUUUGAUAGCCUCCUGCUGGCCUGUCAUUGUUGAGAAAAGUCUACUUUGGGAAUUUCCUUCAUUCCCACUAUCUAUCUCGGGUUCAGAAAUCAUGCUUUCCACCUAUUAUUUCUUUGCCCAAUAAAACUCAGGUCUCUCUUGUUCAGAGUCAUCAUGCUGCACAACUCCUGUGCAUAGCCUGUUCAGCAGCUCUGCUCCAAUCUCAACACAUUCUCAGAAAUAAAUCUAGCAGGUAAACUUAAAUUCACACGUGGCCUCCAUGACUGCUAGGCAAAGCAUUCACCAAACCAGGAGUGUGCACAUCUUAACUAAAUAUGGUGUUGACCCAGAGGGAAAAGACGGAAACAAUGUCAUUUUGAAUUUUUUAGAAAAGACAGGGAGAACUGCUGGGCCAGAUCAAAUAGGUACUUAUAAUCAUGGCACAGUUUUUAACAUCAAUCAUUCCCAGCUUUUAAAUAGAAUUUAAUGGACCAGAUAUCCAUCAUCCCUAAUACUAUAACUUGUUGAGCUUUAUGUGUGUGAGCAUCUGUGUGUGUAAACACACAUGUACACACACCCACAUGAAUGUGCAAACAUAAAUCAAAUACAAAAUAUCUCAAUAAUACCAAAUGACAGGGUUUGACAAAAAGGACAAAAAAUAAACACAAAAGCUACACCACCAAGGAAAGUUUGAUUCAUCCACUUUGCAUAUAGUUUUAAUUUUUAUUAAUAUUUAACUUUAAUGUACAGUUCUGCAACUAUGUAAAAGAUGCAAAUGUGGAGGGUCUGAUUAGAAUAAGUCAGCAGUACACAUGUUCUAAAACAUAGUCAAUGAUCAAGAAAUAUACUAACCUCUACCAUUUUAUUCUAAAGCACUUAAUAAGAAAAGUGAGUGCUUCUUAAAACUAUGAGUUUAUUCCAGAAACUUUUUUUAACUUUGGGAUUUUAUAAAAUUGACUAUUUCUUCCAUUGUGAACUUACAUAUGUAUGAAGUCCCUUUCCAGACUAAACUUAGAAAGGUAUAUUGGUAAAUUAUUCAAUAACUGGCUCUCCAGGAGGAAAACUGAUUUGUGUCAUUUGCCAAUUUCCAUGACCUAAAUAGUCUUGUCAUGGCCAUUUUCAAGCUACUGAUAUAACCCUACCAUCUUAACAAAACUCCUGAAAAUUAAUCUGUCAGGUCCCGUGAACCAGUAUGAACUGGCUUCAGCACACCAUUGAAAUAGAUUAGAUGACAAUAAUAGGCAAUAGAUAGAUGAUAGAUAAAUAGAUAUAGAUAUACAGAGAUAUAACAUGUUGAAUAUAUAUAUAGAUAGAUACACAAAUACAAUAUCAUCAUAUUUCAAAUUAUCCUUAAAAUGCUCAUCUCAAGCCCAGCAGACAUAAUGCUACAUGGUUUCCCAUUCUUUAACUUCAACUUCUAAAAUUAUAGCCUUCCUUUAAUAUUAUUAAAAUUAUAUAAACUUUCAGAAGAAGCAAGAAUUGAAACCAAGAAAAUCUGAAGGGUGACACAGUGAAAAUCGGAACUUCAAAACCACUAAGAAGCUGCUUCACCUUCUGUAGGAGUCCAUUGCCCUGGAGCAAUAGUGUGAAAGUUCAUCCUUUGCAAAUAUUUGUAAUUUCUAUGAUCCAAUUUGAAAUUCAGUGGUCCAAUUUAUUCACUUAUUUUCUCUGAGCUGUAAAGUCAUGGGCAGUUUAAUCUGAAUAUUUCCAUGUCAUAAAUACACUUGAAAUGAGUCUUGUGGGGGAGAAUAUUUUGCAAAAUUUGAUGCUUACUCAACCAUAAUAAAUGUACCUAUAUAUGCAAAUACCUAUAAAUAUAUAUGUAUAUAUAUACAUAUAUAUAUACACACACAUAUAUGUAUAUAUAUGUAUAUAUAUUCUCUUUUCCUUUUACAAAACCAGUAUGUAGACUCAAUUGGAAAACAAAUCUGCGCCAAAAGCAAAAGGUGGCUGCACAGUGCUGGAGUAGAGCUGGGUUGUAGCGGCUGUGAGAAGCCGUGCACACAUCUCUCUAGGCAUUCUCUGGAAGGGCCACGGCUUGUACAGUGUGAAUGGCUGCCCCGCCAUUCCGUACAGUGUGCCUUCGUAGGGGGUAAUGUCUUUAUCAAACAUGUUGUAAUCUGUUCUGUGUGAAUUAACUAUCAUGCUUUGCACAACACUGAGAAAACUAGGGAAGACCCAGGCUCAGGACAUGGUUCAUGUGCUAGGUGCAAUCACGUUAUUGUCCAAAGAGAGACUUCUGGAAAGUUAUUUUUAAAAAAUAAUAUCCUCUGCAUCCUUCAUUUAUUUUUGGCAGUUCUCAAGUCCUCCUCAUUGGUUACCCGCCCCAGCCCCCACCAAGGGAGAUUUUCUAGAGGACUAUUGGAGAAAAAUUUGUUCAAAACAUGUGCUCUCUGUUUGCUGUGAAUACCAGCUUCAGUGAACUGAUCGUUUAUAUAGAAUUUCAGUCCUCGGUUCUUCUGUGACACAAUCAAGGGAUGACAUGGUAUAGGUAUAAUGUAAUAGGGACAAAAUGCCUUGUACUUCAGAGAUGGGACAUCUUUAACAGAUUUACAAACCUUUAUGGGACACCAUCAGCAACUAUGCCAAGGGUUGAAGGAAGGGCUUCUAGGAUGUAGCUAUCAGCACCCCACAAUCCCCAUCCUCACCCAUGGACAUAAUAAUCCAAAAAAUUAAAAAGAAGACUCUAAAAUCUUCAGACUCAUGCUAUUUUUAGCUUAAUUUGUUAACAGCAGAUUUUUUAAUGCAAACACAUCUUUAAGGUGAGUCCACUGGGCAACCCCUUUUAAUGUUAAACUGCUGUUGCUAAACCUCUCCAAUGUAGAACUUCUGAAACCAUCCCAAGAAGUUAACUCUGUAGUACAUUACAAAAGGCUAUAUUCUGCUGUCUCCCAAAUGGAGGCACUAUUGUGCAACAUCUUAUGUAAAAUAAAAAUAGAGCUAACAACUGACCUUGUAAUGUGGUGAACAAGUCAGUAUCUUUGAUCCUCAUAUUAACAUUUAACCUUGAAUUUAGAAAUUCCAAGUAACAGCCUGUAACCAUUAAGCUUGAGGAAAUCUAAAGGACCCUAUGUUGGCCCUUAAGCCCCAGCCCCCUUGUCCCUGACGACAUCUGGCACCAAGAGGUCCAUUUCUCAACUGAUGGGAAUGGAUGCUUCUGCCUCUAAAAAAGGCUAAAAGGACUGAGUUUAACCCCUGAAUCCACUACACCCCAGGAUCAGCCUGGCCCCACCCCAUAUCAGAUAUACACAGAAGCACUUCUUGCUGAAAAUUUACCAUACUGAAAAAUACACAAGGGUGAGUUAUCACUUCAAAUGUACUCUGCUUUGAGGUCAGCUUUUCUUUUCUUUCGUUUGUUUUCUUUCUUUCUUUUUUUUUCUUUUUUUUUUUUUUUUUGCCUUUUUAAAUAUAUCAAAACCUUUCUACCGUGACCAAUGAAUUCAGAACUUGAUGUAAGACUUCCUUGCAUUUCUCUCCUGCCACAAGCUGGCGAAUUUGAAUGCCUUGAGGACUGGGCAUUGAAAUGAGCCGGAGUCCAUUUGCAGGAUGUCUCUGCCUUCUGCCUUCCAGUUGGUUUCUUCUGCACAGUGGGGAUGUUUAGUUUCGAUUUGGAACUUCCUUGGCAAGGCCACUGUAAGCCUUGUGCCCCUGGCAGGUCCUUGAGUAGUUGCAUGUUCUUUCUGAUGAGUUGACACUCAGAAAUCCUUUCAUUACCUGACACAUCAUAGAAAGCAUGGCAGUAAACUAGGGACUGGUGACACUCCUAACUAUGAUGAUAUUUGAUUUUACCAUAUUUCAAGUCACAUCUUUAUGAAAAAAAAAAAAAGACUAAGCGGAAUCUUACAAGCUCUUCUGCAAAAUACUGAGACUCAAUGCUUGAUCUGUGCGUAUAGACUGGGGAAAAAAAUUUUAAAGGAAUCUUCCAAAUAAUAACGACUGAAAGCCAGGUAUCCUCUUGAACAAUUCCCAGUUGACAUUACCUGUUCCCACCCCCAUUUUUUAAGAGAGAGAUUGAAUGAGGAAAACUGAGUGACAUAAUUGUUCCUCCACAGAGUAGCCAAGCAAAAGGGAAGCCCCACACAAAAGCUAAUGGUGGCUUUCUGGGAGAUAGCUGCAUGGUAGGUCCAAUGCCAGGUGGCCAUCUUCCUGUCAUGCCCCUCAGGCAUCUUGCAUCUUGAAAGACAGAAAGAAAAAAAUUGGGGGGGAGGGGAGAGGAAAUGAAGUUCUUUAUGUUUUAUAUAUACAUCCUUCCUCCUUAAAAUACCACAGGCUCCCUUAGACCACAUUGUACCCACACACAAUACUAACACAUGUACUUUGCACAAGUGAAUUGUUGAUUAAAUAAAAGUAUAUUCUUGGGGUGCCUGGGUGGCUCAGUCGGUUGAGCCUCCGACUUUGGCUCAGGUCAUGAUUUCGCGGUUUGGAGUUCGAGCCUUGCGUCGUGCUCUGUGCUGACAGCUCAGGGCCUGGAGCCUGUUUCAGAUUCUGUGUCUCCCUCUCUCUCUGACCCUCCCCCGUUCAUGCUCUAUCUCUCUCUCUCUCUCUCUGUCAAAAGUGAAUAAACAUUAAAAAAAAAAUUUUAAGUAUAUUCUUACUUGUCUUUUAGCUGGGGCGAAUUUCCAAGUUUGAUACACUGUCUCAAGUAAAAACAAUCAUUUGAAGCAGCAGCACAUCAGAUCUUCUUCAUACCAGAAUUAUUUCACACAGGACAUCCUGAUACUUACCAUUUAAUUCUGACACCUCCUGGCCUUAUUUCAGGAUGCAACAGCUCUCUCUCUGUGUUCUUCAUUAGGAAACAUUGGCCUGUGAAGGGAAUGGUGUACUGUAUUUUACUACUGUGAGGUUUUAAAAUUGUUAACAGACAGUGUGAAGAAUCGUAAACAUUUGAUUAAAAAGAAAAAUGCUGUAUAUAAUUACUGCCCUGAAACAUGUAUCAUAUCACUCCAAUAAAGUUUUUGCAUCACCUAACAUAA